CUCUUCUUCUUCUUCCUUCCCAAACCUCCUUCUAGAACCUUCUCCAAACCCCUCUCAACUUAGAUCUGAAUUCUUAUAUGGAAAUGGGUUCGAGCCCCCGCACCGUUGAAGAAAUCUUCAAGGAUUACUCUUCUCGCAGAACCGCCAUCGUUCGCGCUUUAACUCAAGAUGUUGAUGAAUUUUAUGGGCUCUGCGAUCCAGAAAAGGAGAACUUGUGCCUUUACGGACAUCCAAAUGAGUCCUGGGAAGUGACCCUGCCAGCUGAGGAAGUUCCACCAGAGCUUCCAGAGCCGGCUCUGGGAAUCAAUUUUGCUAGAGAUGGCAUGAACCGCAGGGAUUGGCUUUCUCUAGUUGCUGUGCACAGUGAUUCGUGGUUGCUCUCAGUUGCCUUUUAUCUUGGAGCCCGACUUAACCGCAAUGAGAGGAAGCGUUUGUUUAGCUUGAUCAAUGAUCUUCCAACUGUUUUUGAAGUUGUAACUGAAAGGAAACCAGUAAAGGACAAGCCAGCUGCAGACAGUGGAAGCAAAUCGCGGGGCAGCACAAAGAGAUCAAGUGACGGGCAAGUCAAAAGCAACCCGAAGUUCGAUGAGGGUUAUGAGGAGGAAGACGACGAGCACAGCGAAACUCUUUGUGGGAGCUGCGGCGGAAACUACAACGCGGACGAAUUUUGGAUUGGGUGCGACAUAUGCGAGAGGUGGUUCCAUGGAAAAUGUGUGAAGAUCACACCGGCAAAGGCUGAGAGCAUAAAGCAAUACAAAUGCCCAUCAUGCAUGAGAAGGGGCAGGCCUUGAUUAAGGACGCCAUAAAAAAGGCAACAUGUGAAAGUGAAUAAUAAUGUUGAGUUUGAUGCUGACAAAGAUACUGUAAUAUUUGUUACAUCUCUUGUAGAAGUUCAUAAUGUAAUGGGGUAUAGUAUCUAUGUCUGAUGGAAAAAAAUUUCAGAGACUAAGGUGAUUUCUUCUACCAACCUGAAUCCUUAGUGUAUUUUAUAUAUUUUAAAGUAGAAUAGAAUACCAUACAUUCUAAUUUGUCGAUCAAUUGAUAUUUGGUUUGAACUUGCGCAUUA